AUGGUCUUAGGACUCCGGAGAAAUCUCCAGACUCCAUGGCACAGAAAUCUUUGGGGACAAGUCAAAGAUUCUUCAGCAAAGAAAGGGUCCCGGGAAAGUAGUUCUCCCAAGGGAUGGCUCCCUCGACACCACCACCACCCCCUCCCCUUCCCUUCCUCUGCCUCCGAAGUUUUCAGGACAAUUCCUGGAUGUCCGAGGCAGAAGAGAGAAGCCCCGCACUCGCGUAGAGGAGGAGCGCCCCGUCACCGGCCUCCGGGUUCCGAGAAGGGCCCUUCGAGACUUCUUCUCCGAGUCUGGUUGUGUUUCAAGAUAACGAGAUUUCGCAAGAGCACGGCCGGCGCACAACCUGCCGGGCUGCCCGGGGGCCCGAGGGGGCCUGGGCCGGGGAGCCGGGCUAGAGCGGGCCGUCGCCUCCGCCAGGCUGUCCCGCCCCGCGAGCUGAGCGCCCGUCGCCCUCCGCCAGGCUCCCGGCUCCCCUCCGCCCCCCCACACACACUCACACUCGUACACACAGCACACUCACUCACUCUCCUCGACUUGGUUCCUCCGAAGCCUGACCCCCGCCCUGCCCCAGGACCAAGGACUCGCAGCGGCGGCGGCGGCGGCGGCGGCAGAAGCGGGACACAAACACGUCGAGACGAGCUCGCACCCGGCCCAUCCCCCUCCCGCCCGGGAUCCCCGGGCCCGGGGGAUUCGCCCCCCGUCUGCCCCAGGCCCCGGCCGGCCGGUGUCAGCGCCACUGCUGCUGGAGCACCUCGGAGCCAACCACACUGGCGGACGCGGGGCGGGGGGAGGGUGGAGCCUCCUCCCUCUUACCUGCGAGUCGAGUCCCGGCCGAGGGCCGCCGCGCCUCGGUCCCUCCCCGCUGGGCCGAGAGGCAGCCGCCGCCGUCGCCGAGGGCCAAGAGUCCGAAGGGAGCUGGCCGGGGCCUCCCCGGCAGCAGGAGCAGCUCCACAGGGAGAGGAGGAGACAAAACAGCGCCGCGCCUCCUCCCCUACACACUCCUUCACUCACUCCCUCUCUCACAACCGCUCCCCCGCCCGCCCGCUCCACAACAGCUACCCCCCGCCAAACGGCGGCAGCGGCGACGGCGGCGACACUGAGGCCGGCGCACGCAGGAAUGGUCCCCCCAACCCGCCGCCGCCGAGCUCCCCGCGCCCGGCCCCCUCCCUGCAGCCCGCCCAGCUCCGCCCCCUCCGCCUCCUGCUGCCGCCACCAGGACACACGAGUCCGCCCGCUCCGCUCCGCGCGCGCCCCCCACACACGCAGAUCCCCGGCGGGAGGGGGGAAGCAGUGCAGCCGGCCCCAAGAGGCGCUCAGCUCCGACUGACGACGGUCAGCGUCCGGACGCCCGCACCCCUGCUCCGCUCUCUAUCCGACACCUGGACUUGCCGCUGCGUGGAACCCCUGACUCCUCUUUCUCGCUCCCUCUUAAAGUUCCCGCAUCCAUCUAGGGCGCCCACCUCGCCUCCCCGCAGACGAAAACUUCCCACCUACCCGUUCCCCCCCGCCCCGCCCGAGACACCACAGGCCGGUGCUCCCGCCAGGCCCUGUUCACGGGAUUGCGGGGCUUCUGGUCCAAGCCACGGCCAGUCUCACCUGGCCACCCCCCUCCCCACAGGCAGGACUGCCCCUCCCUCGCACGUCCCCAAACCCCCCUCCCCCCCAAGCCACGCUUUCCACUGGCAGUCCGGGCCUCUCUGCCCUCCAUGCCUCCGCUCCUGUGGGGCUUGGUCUGUGCACCUGCCCAGGAGCACGGCUGCUGCUCGUACCCCGACCCUCCCCCUUCAUCCCUGCCUGCUUCGAGUCGCCACACCCCGAAUGCCCCCACCCCCAUUAUUAUCAUCCCUGCCAUCUCCUUCCUUAGGAAUGGAUCCAGACCCGGGCAGUUUGACAGUUAUGGGCUGGGGGGAGGGGGCAAAACACCCAUCGCUUCCCUCGCCCUCCUUGCCUCCGCCCCUCCAGGAGUGGAGUGCACGCUCCGCGCGCCACUCCUCCUUCCUUCCCCUCCCUCCCGACCGCGUCACCUCCUCGCCCGCCCCGCUGGCUCCGCCCAUUCCCAGAAAUUACAACCGACUCAACUGCCCGGCGGCGCGGCCGUUAGAGUUUGCGUUCGGCUUCCGCCGCCUGCGUCGGGCCGGCGCUGGCGCUCAGCCGCCCCCGGAGGCCUCGGAGCGGGCCCGCGCGGGGCAAGACACUGAGGGCGGGGAGCGGGCGCGCGCAGGGCUCCGCCCCCCCUGCCCCCCACCUACCCACACCCUGCACGUUCUGCCGCGCGGCCCCUCCUCCCUCGCUGGAGCUGAGAGGCGACUGCAGUGGGCCCUCCGGACCGUGUCAAGAGUUUCUCACCGAAGGGCUCACGUGCUUGUGGCGUUUUCGGACCCCAAAAAGAAAGCGCUUCGGGCUGCAGUAAGAGGAUCUGAAAUGGAAAGUUUUGUUUGA